GGCCGGUGCUGGCGCGGGCGCCCUCGGUGCCCCGCCGGCCAUGGAGCGGCUGAGCCUGCCUCCCGGCGGCGCGGCGGCCGUGGACGAGUACCUGGAGUACCGCAGAAUUGUUGGUGAGGACGAUGGAGGGAAACUUUUUACUCCUGAAGAAUAUGAAGAAUACAAAAGAAAAGUUUUACCUAUGCGCUUACAAAACAGAUUAUUUGUGAGCUGGCGGUCACCAACUGGAAUGGAUUGUAAACUUGUGGGCCCAGAGACACUGUGUUUUUGUACACAUAGGUAUAAACAACAUAAAACUGAUUUUGAAAGGAUUCCUGAGCAGCGCCCCAUUGAUCUGCCUUGCCGGGUGACUGGCUGCCAGUGCAGGGCUUACCUGUAUGUCCCUUUGAAUGGCACUCAGCCCAUUCGCUGCAGAUGCAAGCACUUUGCUGAUCAGCACAGUGCUGCGCCUGGCUUUGCAUGUAACGCAUGUUCCAAGUGUUCAGGAUUCCAUAGCUGCUUCACUUGUGCUUGCGGUCAGCCUGCAUAUGCCCAUGACACAGUAGUGGAAACUAAGCAAGAAAGAUUGGCUCAGGGAAAACCAGCAGGACGAGAUGUUCCAUACGCAGCAAUGGGAGGAUUAACUGGUUUCAGCUCACUGGCAGAAGGCUACAUGAGAUUGGAUGACAGUGGAAUCGGUGCACCUUCAGUUGAACUUUUAGAAUCUCCAGUUACAGCCAUGGACCACCCAUUUCUAAAAGCAUUUCAAGCACAAAGUAUUUCUUCUCCAGAAACAUUAACAGAUGCAGGUACAAGUAGCCAAGUUUCUUCCUUAAGGAGACCCAAAGAAGAUGAUAUGGCUUUUUUUGAAAGACGAUACCAGGAGAGGGGGUAAGGCAGUAGUGCUGCCUCUGGAAACUGGUAUGUGUGAAUGUGAGUGGUGGCGAGUCAGAGACAGGUGGGCUUUGUGUUCUCUGGGGUCCUUAAUCCCAUGGAAAAGGCUUAUAUGAGUCUAAAAAGUGAGAAGGCCACGGCUUGGGGUAUGUGUGCUGCUGCUUUGCUGUAACUAUAAUGAAGGGAGGGCAAGACCUUCAGGAAGCUAACUGUGGAAUGUAGAAACCAGAGUUAUAGGAAAGCAUCCUUAAAGCAGUCCGUGUUUUGGAGAUAAUCCAGCUGGAUUAGGUGUAUUCUGUAACUUUGAAAGGGAAUGUGCAUAGAUUGGAUAUAAAGUUAGGCAUUUAAGUUUUUUAUUAAUUUUUAAUUUUAGUAGCAGUUGAAACUAAUUUGUUCUCUUGUCUAAAGCAGUAUUCAUUUAUAUGUUAUUUUUGUUAAAAAUCCUUUGGUAAAGUUAAAAUCAAAUCAUUUAAAAAUAUGCAAUUAUAUCCCUUUAUGAGAUUUUGGCUUUACUAUUUAGCAGCCUAAUAACUGUGUGGAAUGGCUAUGUUAAAUAAGAUGUGGAUCCAAAUGAGGUUAAUGCAACCUUUUUUUUGUUUAGAAUGGUUUACAAAUUAUUAUAUCAAUAAAUAUUUUAAA